GUUUUUGGCGUUUGGGCAGCUGGCGAAGGUGUGGGGCGCGCUGGACCUCCCCAACUCUCCAACUUUAAUUAAUUGGCAGAAAAAGACAAAAAGAAUUUGCGGACUGGACGCGCAGGGCCUUCAGGUGUACAGACAGCAGCACGCCAUCAAGGCCUACUCCCCGCGGGCGAUGAUGAAGCUGUGCUGGAAAGCCACGUGGAGCCUCGCCCUGCUGGCCCGAGGGUUUGGCUUUCCCCUCGACUCCCAGCAGAUCUCCUUUGCCGUUCCCGCCCCCCCAAACCCUUCCCUGCGGCUCCGGAUCGAUCCCAAAGGCGAUCCCAAACUCGAUCCCAAAGGCGAUCCCAAACACGAUCCCAGAGGCGAUCCCAAACACGAUCCCAUAGGCGAUCCCAAACACGAUCCCAGAGGCGAUCAUAGAGGCGAUCCCGGAGGUGACCCCGCACUCGAUCCCGGAGUCGAUUCCAGAGUCGAUCCCGAAGACGAUCCCGAAGACGAUCCCGACCGCUCUUUGGAGACGGGAUGGGCCCUGGGCUCCAUGAUCGUGGAUGUCAACCGCUACCCCGUGAUAGUGCCGGAAAAGGAGGGCCCGCUGACCUUUUUCGCGGCGGCUUUGGCUUUUUUUUCAACUUCUUUUUCGGCUUUUCUUUUUUAUUUCAUCAACAAGUUCAAACAACAAUUCAAAACCCUUCAAGAGGGGCCCCUUUUCUCUUCUUCCAUUUAA